AUGAAAACUCCCGGAGACAAUGUCCUCCUCCCUCUCUCCUCCUCCUCCCUCUCUCCUCCUCCUCCCUCUCUCCUCCUCCCUCUCUCCUCCUCCUCCCUCUCUCCUCCUCCUCCCUCUCUCCUCCUCCCUCUCUCCUCCUCCUCCCUCUCUCCUCCUCCUCCCUCUCUCCUCCUCCCUCUCUCCUCCUCCUCCCCCUCCUCCUCCUCCCUCUCUCCUCCCUCAGGGAGUGGGGUACCCCAGAGCGCCCCUCCCGUCCCCACCGGCGCCUCCAGCCACUUCCGCUUCCCGCCCUCCACGCCCUCCGACGUGCUCUCGCCCAAUGAGGACCUGCGCAGCCCCGGGGGCGUGUUCAGCGCCGUGGCCCGGCGAAUGGCGCGCGGCUCCGUGAGCGACUGCAGCGACGGCACCUCGGUCAACUCCGAGAUCGAGGAGAGCAACGGGGGCGGGGGGGAGGAGCGGGGCGGGGAGCGGGGGCCGGGCGGGGGAGGGGGCUACAGGAGCAUCAUCCACCCCCGUCUCUCCCACGAGUCGCUGUUCCGCAUGUACGGCGGCCCGGGGAACCCCGCCCACGCCGGCCCCCGAGGGCCCACCGGCCACCGGGGCCACCCCGACUCCAUGUCCCCCUUCCCCGUGUCCCCCCUGCCCGGGCCCGGAGGCGGGGCGGGCUUACUGGCCCCCCCGCUGUCCCCGGCCCUGUCCAUGACCCCGUCCUCCCACCUCCCCUACUCCCCCUCCCCCUCCCUGUCCCCCAUGCUGGGCUCCCACUUCUCCUUCAACCCCGAGGACAUGAAGCGCUACCUGCAGGCCCACACCCAGAGCGUGUACAACUACCACCUCAGCCCCCGCGCCUUCCUUCACUACCCCAACAUCAUCAUCCCCCAGCCCCACCGCGCCGCGCCCGAGAAGAGCUCACUGGCCCCGGAGAGGGGAGGAGGAGGAGGGGGCGGCGGCGAGAGGGGAGGGGGAGCUGAGCGCCACAACAGCCACCACCACCCGUCGGCGCUGUCCCACGCCCACCCCCCCCACCCGCACUCGGCCCACCCGCACCCCCACCCUCACUCCCACCCCAUCCACCACCCGCUGCACCUGGGCGAGGAGCCGCCGCACAUGUCGCCCUUCAAGUUCAAGCUGCAGCCGCCGCCGCUGGGGAAGAAGCAGCGGGAAGGCCAGAGCCAGGGCCACGGGUGCGGGGGCAACCCCAGGCAAGGCUCGCUAUCGUCGGGCUCCGGCUCGCUGUCCUCCACCUCGGGCCUGGGCUCGUCCCUGUCGUUCGGCAGCGACCUGAGCGCGGCCGGCGGCUCCGGCCUGGUGUCCAACUCCUCCUCCACCGGCUCCCUCAACAGCACCGGCCUUCCCAAGAUCAAGGUGGAGCCCAUUUCCGACAUCGAGUCCGAGGAGGAGGUGGAGGUCACCGACAUCAGCGAUGACGACCGUGAUGACGAGUACGACCUCUUCUACGCCCGCCACCCCCACCACGCCCGCCUCCGGGGCCUCCCCCACUACCCCCCCAACGGCCUGGCCCACGGCCACCACCACCCCCACGACGGCGAGGACCUGGACGAGGACGUGUUCAAGGCCCCCGCGCCGCCCCCCCCGGGCCUGCUGCCCUUCUUCACCUCCUCGCACGGCCCCCGCGGUGGCCCCCCCCUCCCCGCCCUGAAGAGCGAGCCGGCCGAGCCGGGGGACUCCACCCCGCCGCCGCCGCCCCCCCACAGCGCCGGCCCCGCCCCCACCAAGUGCAUUCCGCUGAAGCUGCGUUUCAAGCGGCGCUGGAGCGAGGACCAGCGCAUGGAAGCGUCCCUGGAGGAGUCUGACGACAAGAAGGUGCGGGGGGAGGAGAAGGAGAGGGAGAGGGGGAGGAACGGGGAAGGGAUGGAGACGGAGGAGAACGGCAGCGGGGACGGGGACAGCCCGCCCCCCUUGGGGGGGUACGAAUGCCCCCCGCCCCCCCUGGCACACAGGAGGGUGACCUCUGACCUGCACCGUGCCACCGCCCAACUGUCUCUAGAGAGCAAGGACUGCUGAUCACACACACACACACACACACACUGAUAAACACUACAGUACAAGUGUAUGGCUGUACAGAUCAGUGUAAAUGAGUCCCACUGACAGUCCUCUUCUCUGUCUGGACCCUCCUCUUCCCUGUCUGGACCCUCCUCUUCCCUGUCUGGACCCUCCUCUUCCCUGUCUGGACCCUCCUCACUGACGCCCCCAUCUAGUCCUUCCGCCCGCUCGGACCUGAGAGAACCCACAUCUCCACACACACAGCCCUGCUCCACCCAGACCCCCCAACUCUGUACCCCCACCCCCCCUCCGUCUGUACAGGGACCACCCGGUCGACUCGGAGGGGUGGGGGGGUGCCCGGCUCAGGGGAAGUCCAGGGACGGUGACUGAAACUGGGGAAGGAUGGUGGUGAUGAUGAGGGUGGGUGAUCUUCCCCUGUCUCAGCGCUGCAGCCGGACCUACUGAUCCCCUCCAGGCUGCACCAUCACCCUCCUGGAUCCACACUCCCAGGUCCAGCAGCUGCUUCCCUGCCUUCUGACCGCCCCAGGUCCAGGGUCCAAGUCUCUCUGCUCAGGGGCCCCUGGCUCCCGGCCCCUGGCCUGGGCCAAGCCCCCGUUGAACAAGCUCUCAGAUUAUUAUUUUUUUGAACAGAUGAAACGGGGGGGCUUCUAAAAGUGCCUGAACCACCCCCUAUGUAAUACCACCGAGCCCCUGAGACAGGGAGAGUUAAGAAGAAUGUACAGAACGCCCCCGCCCCCCCCUCCCCCACUACUCCAGGAGAGGAGCAUGUAGUAAGCCAGCAUCGUGGGAUGGUGUCGGGGUGAACCAGUAGAACUUCUCACAAGAACUUGCCACUCCACUCAGGGAAGCCGCUCGCUGUACUAUACUGGACACACACACAGACACACACAGACACACACACACACAGACACACACACAGACACACAGACACACACACACACACAGACACACACACACAGACACACAGACAGACACACACAGAGACAGACACACACACACACACACACACACAGUGGAGGGGUGUAUGGGAACUGCCGGGCUUGGCUGUUGGUGUUCAGCUAAACAGACACUGCGCCUGGAGGACCACGAGCUCUCUCUCCCUCCCUCUCUCUCCCUCCACAUGCAGGUCUUUGAGAACUCUUGACAUUUGUACGUCGCUCUCUUCCAUCUGUUUCUCUCUCUGGUCUCCUGGAAAAGAGGAGGGAUUCGAGGGAAGUUAGUUGAAAGAGAUCCAAGUUUAGGGGGACCACUGGGGACAGCAGCU